CAAAAUGGUAUUAUAUCCCUGGCAAACUACACAUUUAAUAAAGGUGUUAGUGUAAUUUGAAUAGAAUUGCACAUUUUGAACUCCACUGCAGCGGGAUGAACAUGACAAACUGCACUGUGUCACCGCCCGUACUGCAUGCUGUGGGCGCACGACAAGUUGCACCACGAACGGUGCGCCCACGUGAGCGAACUACAUGUCGCAGCAUACCGAGCUGCAAUCCAAGCCGCAACGAGUUGCACGCUGAGCUGCAACAAGCUGCACACCACGCUGCCUAGUAUAUAUAAUUUUUUCGAAAGUGAGCUUAUACAUAGUACAAGUGAAUUGCAUAAAAAAGUGUACCCCUCGUGGUUUUCUUCGGAGCUACAGAAGAGAAAUCACCAAACUUGUUGUUUUCUUCGGACUCAAAACCGACAGGAGACUACACUGCAAACCCCAAGCCAGCGGACCGCGAGGCACCGUGUCCAACCAUCCACAUAAACCACAUAUUUAUUCGGAAUCGCUAUUUUUCAUCCGGAUGAAAAUAAUUGGCUUUCAUCCGUUUUCUGAGCCGUUCGAUCUCUGUCCUGAGAUUCCAUCGCUACCGCGGCCUUUGUCCCUUCCACUCUCUCGUUCCCUUUGUCAUUUCCCACACGCAACCGAACAGAGUCGAGAGAGAGGGAGAGAGGGGUCCAUGGCGACUUGGAGCUCUCCUAUCCGGCGGCUUAGUUCACUAGGGUGGUCGUCAGGCGUCCGACGUUCUUCCUCCAGCUGCCCCCUGGCUGUCCCCGCACGGAAAUCUGCAGCAUCUCUCGGGCACCGCACCCACCUGGCCCCCAAUUUUCCCCCGCCGGCAUUUCUGGCCUGAUCCUGUGAUUUGCUAGGUAUUUCAAUUUGGACACGCUGAAAUCAUGUUCAGUGAGUUCAAUCCCCUGGAACACGCUGGAUUCUCUAGUGUUUUAUAUACCCUGUGCCGUUUGCUGAUGUAGGCUUGUAUGUAUUGUUUCAUUGCCUAUCCAUCACUAUGAGAUUGCUAUAGAUUGUCCAUGUCCUGAUUGCCUGGUUUAAUGGGGGAUUGCUUUGGCUAUUUGUUAGUGUAAUUUUAGUGUUUUGUAAGUCAAUUUACACUGCAUUUUUUACUGUAAUUCUUUGCUGAUUUACAUUGCAUUAGUGGAUUUACUGUGUAUUUUUCAGUGGAUUUGCACUGUAAUCCUUAGUGGAAUUACAGUGUAUUUUCUUAGUGGAUUUACACUGUAAUUCUAUUUUGGAAAUACACUGUAGUUCUUACUGGAUUUUUAGUGGCUUUUACAGUGUAAUUCUCAGUGGAUUUACAAAAUGUAAUAGUUGUUUUUACAACGUAAUUUUCAGUGGAUCGGCACUGUAAUUCUUGAUUGAUCUUGUAAUUCGUUAGUGGAGUUACAGUGUAAGUCUCAGUUAAUUUACAGUGUAAUUCCUAGUGCUUUUUCGACUGUAUUUAGUUGAUUUUUACAGCGUAAUUUUUCAGUGGAUUUACACUGUAAUUUCUAGUGCACUUUCUUAGUGGAUUCACAAAUGUAAUACUGCAUUUGCUAGUGGUUUUUACAGCGUAAUCUUCAGUGGACAGACACUGUAAUUCUUGAGUGCUCUUGUAAUGCAAUUCUUUAGUGGAUUUACAGUGUAAGUCUCACUUGAUUUACAGUGUAUUUCCUAGUGUUUUUGGACUGUAUUUAGAUGAUUUUUACAGUGUAAUUCGUCAGUGGAUUUACACUGUAAUUCUUAGUGCAUUUUGCAAUGUAUUAGUUGAUUCCAAGUGGAUUUUUACAGUGUAAAUCUCAGUGUAGUCACGCCGUAAUUCUUUUGUGGUUUUACUCUGUAAACUCUUACUGCCAUGGUACUGUAUUUACUUAUCUUAUCGGUGAUUUUUACACUGGUUCGUAUUGGAUUUUUUGUGUGAUGUACUGGAAGCGUGAGCUUUUUGGCGGCUUGCUUGUUUCGAUUGAUGUGUGCUUGCAAUGAGUUUUGAAAUACUAGUAGUGCUUAAGAAGCAGUUUUUGUCUAUGUGGCUGCAGUGUAAAUGUGAUCCUCUCCUCUUACGAGUGUUUGGCAUGUAGUAUUUUGAACUAAAAAGCACUUGUCUCUGCCUGUGAGCUUGCUAAGUAUACAUUUCAUAUGAGCAGGCAACCCUUUACAUUCCAUAUUUUCUAGGUGGUUGUCUAUGCUUUUCAGUUUUGUGUUCUUUCAGUUAUUGGUUCAGCUAGUGCUUGUUUAUGUUGUUUGGGAGAGGGAGUUGUUGAAAUUUUCAGGGCCAUUUACGGUGGAAUUACAGCAGUUUUCAAUGUUGGUUCACUGUAGAUCACAUUGUAAUCCAACUGCAAUUAUACUGUAAUUCAACUGUCAUUUGCACUAUAAUACUACUGCUUUUUCCUCUGUAAAUUUAAUGUCAAAUGUCACUGGGAAUUAUAGUAGUUCUAUGUAUAUUGCACUAUAUUUGUGAUGUAAUUAGAUUGUAUAUUACAUUGUAAAUCUUUUGCAAUUGCACUGUAAAACUCACAACAUUUCUACUGUAGUUGUAUUUCUACUAUAAAUUAGACUGUAAAUCUAUUCAAAUUACACUGCAGAUCACACGAUUAAUCUACUUGUUACACUGCAAUUCUACUAUAUUUGUUACAAUGUAAAUUCCAUUGUAAAUCUACUAUAAAUUAUACUGUAAAUCUUCUGAAAUUACAGUGUAAAUCACACUUUGAAUUUACUCUAUUGUAUUUAAAACAUCGUAAUUGUAUUUGUAAAUUACAUUCUAAUUGUACUGUGUUUAUACUGUAUUUUACACUGCAAUUCUACUGUAAAUCUACUGUAAAAUACAGUGUAAUUUAAACUGCAAAACUAGGAGCUGUAGCAAUCCCAAACGGGGUCUCGCCCACAAGAGCACAACAGGAGAAUGGCGGACGCGCGCCCCUCCCGCGCCGCCGACGCCAGCUGCGCCUCCCUGCUCGGACCUGGGCUUCGCCUCCUGGUUCAUGCCCCUUCCUCCGCCGCCUGUCGGUGGCCCUGCUGGCGCCCCUGGCCGUCCCACGCUGUAGCUGUGCUCGACAGCCCCAACCUCGUCAGAUCCAAUCCCGCCGGCAGGCCGGGGUGGUUCGACCUCUUCCGUGGAGUUCGUCCCCGUCUCGCAGCCGGUCGCGACGUCGUCGUGCCAGGCAAGGCCAGGUCCGGGGCGUGCCGUUCCUGCUGCUGCGGUCUCGAGCAUUCAAGAUCUAGGUGGCGGCCAUAACUGCGAGGAUGCGCGGCAGCUGGCCUCCUCACCCUCAGCUCCUGCCGUGCCUUCAAUGCCGAUGGCGAGGACGGGCGCGGGGCGCGAUGCCGAUGUGACCGGCGGCUGGCAGCUCGUCGUGUCAACCAAAGGCCCGCGCCGCCCGGCUUUGGCCGCCCUUGCCCCUGCAUUCAAGCUGGCGCCCAUCCCUCGAUGGCUCCUUGGCCGCUGCUGCCGAUGCCUACACCGGGGUCACCGUGCUGAGCUGUGCAGGGAUCCCAUCCGCUGCUCCCGCUGCCUUCAAAAUGGGCACAAGUCGCGUGGUUGCAGCAACAACUGGAAGCCAUUAAGCUCCCUCGACGGCCCUGCUGUGCCUCCUCCUCCGCUCCCCCGCCCUGUAUCAUCUACUGCUUGUCAAGAGGUGCCGCCUCGUCCUGGCCGGGGCUGGGAGAUCCCUUGCCCGCCUCCCCUGCUGCAGCUUCACGCCGGCCCAGCCACGAUGCCAUGCCGUGGCGACCCCGAGGUGCCAUGCCCUGGCGACCCUGCGCUCAGGCCGGAGGAAGACUUCGUGGUUGUCCCGGCGACGCCGGAGAUGCAGGCCGACGCAGCCAUCCUCUCCACCAACUGUGUCGUCGCAUGGCUCGAUGGAGCGCGGCAGGACAUUCCCUGCCAGCAGGUGGCGGUUGAGCUCGCCACGGAGCUGGGCGCAAGACUGGCCGACGUCGAGGUGGUCAAGCACUACCCCGAGCAGUUCCUUGUUUGCUUCGUGUACCAACACCACUGCGCCGACGCCGUGUCCCGCGGCCACCUUCGGGGCACCGGCCACCGCAUCUACGUGCGAGAGUGGAGGCUCGAGGCUCAUGCAGACAACGAAGACCAGCUCCAUCAUGUUCGCCUCUGCUUGGAAGGUGUCCCUCUCCACGGCUGGAACAACUACAUAGCCACCUUCCUCAUCGGCUGCGGAUGCUCGCUUGACUACAUCGAGCAGCGGUCGCUUCGCAAGGAGGACACCAGAGACCUGGCGCUCUGGGCUUGGACGGCGAACCCCAACGCCAUCCCCAAGGUUAAGUGGCUCACACUUCCGGCCCGCGGUCACCGCCGCCGUGGUCGGCGGGGCCUCCGCCAUUGCGUCCUCAUCCACCUCGACCUCCACGAGGACCACUCCAAGGCCGGCGACGACGACGACAACCCACCGCCACCAGACGUGCAUGAGUUCACCUGGUACAGGAAGGUGGUCGAUGGCACCUUUGUUCCGCGAGAGCGCCGUCCAGCUCAGGGGUGCGCUGAGCGCCGUGCGGACAGACGCGAAGACGACGGCGACCGCGACAGAAGGCGCGGACGUGAAGGAGGUCGCCCUCGGGAAGGCUAGGGCG